ACAGCCUGGUUUUCUCCUCUGUGUAGACUCCUAAUGUGCCAUUCCCAAGAUGCUCCUCAAUACUGACAAGUGGGGUUUUCUGGAACUGUACAUUCCUAAGAGCCAGUUGACUUCUAGAGUGAAAUACAGAAUGUGGGAAUCUCCAGAGAAAGAAAGCCCAAGGCAAAAGUGUAAGUAACUCUUGGAGUCUCAGACAUGGAAAGACAACUGGUAACACUUGGCUGCUGGAGGAUGAAAACCCUCCUAACAGCAGAUAUUCAGGCCUGUGAUAGGAUCAGUGAAUUUCAUCUACCUAGAUGCCAUCAGGCCUGGGGAAAUGGGGAUAAGCUGCAGAGUCUACAUGGUCUUACAGAAGCUGAAGCAAGUUGCAGAGAAAUUUCAAGGACUUUUAAGUCCAGUAUGCCCUGGAUUUGGGACACUACUCCAGCACAAAUUCCUCCCUGCUUCAUGCAGUUUUUCAUUGCUGAUGGCCCCAUUUUCCGAACCAGAAAUUCCAACAUUCCUAUCUAUGGUAGUCUUACUUUCCAUUGCCCCAGGAAACAGAAAUGGGGACAAGACUGCAGGACUGACCAUGAGACCAUGGCCUGGACUGAGGAGCUCAGCUACUUUCAUAAGUACCUUCAGACCAGAGAUAACAGCCGUUUGGAACAUAUAAAUGAGACCUUGUCUCUGGACCAAUCAUCUGGCUUUGGUUAUUCAUUAUCAUUGAACCCCACAUGCCUCACUUAGAAAGGUGUCCCUUCCAAAGCUCAGAGGCCCUCACCAUUGCAUGCAUACUCCUCUCCUAGUACACGUCUGGAGUGGCCUGAAGGGCUGGAGAAGUGGGUA